AUGGAAAAAGAUGGCAGGAUUGGCUACGAAAAGCCUAAAUCAUUGAAGCACUUGCUAAAUGAUUUCUGUAGCUAUACGACUGCUCAUGGCCUUGGGCGGCUAUCAGAGAGCAGCAAUGUGAUCAGUCGCUUGAUAUGGAGCUUAUUUUGCAUUGGGGCAUCAACAAUGUUUGUGCUGCAGGUGUAUAACUUGUUUUCCAUAUACCUCAGCCAUCCUGUCUCAACUACGAUAAAAGUCGAACAUGAAAGCGUAAGUGUUCUUGCCUCACUGAAAAAUAGCGAACCAUUUUGAUUAUUCAGGGAGAUGCUUGGAAGCAUAUGCAAAAGAGGAAACAAUGGCUGAUAAAUUUAUCGAAUUCGAAUUAAUAAGGCCAUGGUUGAAACGACAGUAUUGAAUAACUUUGCAGGUUAUGGAGAAUCAUCUAAAAAUCAGAUAAGGAGAAAAUACAAGUAAAAAAAAAAAAAAAAAAAACGCACAAACAACAUUAAAGUGAACAAGCCAUCAAAAAGAUAAUAAAUCAGCACCAGUGAAUUAUAACAAUUUUGUAAUAAAUAGAUACCCCCUGCCCGCUAGUCAGCGAUUAUCCCUUACGGCAGCCAUGCCGGGUGAUAAAACAUCUUUUUGUAGGGACUUUUAUCAUCUUUGAUCUAUAUCUAUCUAGUACCUAAUUAAAUAUUUAAUGAUCGCCUGUUUUCAGAACGCUAAGUUUCCAGCAGUGACCAUAUGUAACAUGAACAUGCUUCGCUUUGAUAAGCUUCCAGACAGCUACGUCGACGAUAUAAUUGCAAGUAUAAGCUCACAAGGUAUGCACCAGGGUACUUAUUAUUUUUCUAAGGCUUAGUUUUUAUGUAUAGAACGAACACAAAGAUUGUCUAAAUUGACCUACUCUUAGACAGAAUUAGGACCGCCCAAGCAAUCAUUUGAAAAUGGCUCGAGAAACCUCAGCUUCAAGCAGGCGAUCUAUCUUCUGUGUCGUUACCGAUUGUUUGGGCUUAGCCAGAAUCGUCCUGAUAGCUCGGAUUAUAUUCGGGACGUUAGACUAAGAAGAAAGAAGUCUAGAGGAUCUUAGUCGCCUAACCUUUUUGCUUUUUAUAAACGAUCCUUAACCCUCUCCCUGAUGAGAUUAAACGCGAUCCAGGAAAACAGUCUCUAGAACACGAAUUCUAGGAAAAGUUACAUAGAGACGGGAAAAAGCUCAUAGGAAAAAAAACUACAGGCUUUUUUCAUCCAUAUUUAUGAAUUUCCCCUUUAUUUGAUUCAAGUGAAUGUAUCAAUACCGAUUGAACAAAGCAACAACUCCUCUGAUACUGCGGGCAACUCCACAGAAGAUUCUUCUCUAGAGUCAUCUGGAUCCGGAGAAGAGUACAAUGAGGAUGACUUUUAUGAAGGUGUUGCAGAUGCUUAUGAUUCACUUGGCAUCUCUGGGGAGGAAGCUAAAAUGAUCGAGUAUCUGAUUGAAGAAGCCUUACUCGCCAAGAUUGCACAAGAGAAUCAUUCAACACUGUUCAAAUUAGGCCAUCAAUAUGAAGAUUUCGUGUUCGAGUGUUCUUUUAGAGGCUAUGACUGCAGGUAAUUCAUUUAUGGCCCGUUGUGUCCAGAGAUUUAUCAAAGUAGAGGAUCUGACAUGACUAGAGAUGCAUGUGAAAUCAACUUAGAUUUCGUCCAAGACAGGAAACAUUUUCACAACCUUUUUAGUUUCAAUGCUCCCAGGUUAGUUUUUUCGAAAUCGGCAUGAUUCAUAAAUUUGGAUUGAAGCUAAUCUCGUUUAAUCAAGAAAGAUGGCCAAGUUGCCCAAAUAUAAUGUCCAUAGCUAGUUGUGACGGUUUCAAGUGGAUUCAUGUGGAUUGGUGUUAUUAGUAUUAACAUAUAUCAUACAUAUCUCUUGAUAGUUAUUUCUCCAGCGGUUGACUUUCUGCUAUAUUCAACCUUAUUUUUAAUUAAUUUAUUUGUUUUUUAACGGCAACUCUCGCAGAAACUAUUCAAAGCACUGGCACAACUUUUGGGAUUUUCGUUUUGGUAAUUGUUUCACGUUUAACGGCGGGCUGGACGAUUUUGGUAAGCCUCAGAAAAUUUUACACUCACAUAGCACUGGACCUGCUGGAGGUGAGAUAAUUCGUGUAUGUUGCUCAUUUCUUUUAAAUUUUGCCUUCUCAGAGCACAGCACAGCACAGCACAGCUCUGAGAAGUCAGGUUAUUUUCAUCUCUGAUUUUUCACUGGGUGCAUUUUUUCUUAAUAUUUACAUUCAUCUUUCAAUAAAGGACUGCAAAACGUGCAUGUGUCCUGACUGUGAGCUGGAAAAGAUAUGAUUUCUGCAUUGCUUCGAGGAUUGAAAAAAUAUGAUUAUUGAGAUAAGAAUAUAAACAUUCACGGAAAGAUUAGAAAACAAUUGCUUGUGUCCCUAUAUUUUUUAGUGGGCUUUCUCGCUGAAGGAUAUUUAAACUAAAAACUAUCGAGAAAGGUAGAUCACUUAUCAGGCAGGUAAAGUCAGAAAAACUUAACUGAAACUUAAAUUUACUUGCCUUCCUUAGGUUUGAAAUUGAAGCUAUUUAUAGAACAGUCACAAUACGUCUCAGAGCUAUCCCAUACUGCUGGUGCUAGGAUUGUCAUUCACGACCAGGGACAAAUGCCAUUUCCAGAAAAUGAAGGUUAUGAUGUUUUACCGAGCCGUUCAACCUCGUUUGCCAUCAGAAAGGUGCGAAUAAAAUAUUCUUUUCAUUCUUCUAUCAAAAGACCCCUCGCCCUUCCGUCCAUUUAUUAGUCAAUAAAUCGGUAUUUACCAUCGUACUGAGCCACCUCUGCGCUUACUCAAUAACAAGUACCAGGCGUACCUGUCUGUGUUUUUGUCCUUCCGGCUCGUGUCUGCAUUUGCCUCUCUCUCUCUCUCUCUCUCUCUCUCUCUCUCUCUCCUCUCUCUCUCUCUCUCUCUCUCUCUCUCUCUCUCUCUCUCUUUCUACACUGAACCAAUCCAAAUAUGUUCCUGGCUAUGUUUAAAAGAACGUAAUGUUUCCUCAUCAUCAUCAUUGUUUCUUCCUCUCCACACCCUGGAAUCUUACACAAAAUCAUAAAAAAACUACAAAUACCAUACCUCGCUUCAUUAUUCGAAUAUUACACUGUUUACUUUAUUAGACUGUUAUUGAACGCGUGGAUCCAUUUGGGAAUGGAAGUUGCAUUUCUGGUGAUGAUGUCAAAGAAAAAGAUAUUUAUGGGAAGAAAUUCCAUACGACAUACUCUAGGCAGGUGAGAAAAUAAGGUUACGUAGGUUACACUAUGUAAAGGAUGAUUUGCAUGGUUUUGAUCACGACACUAAAAGCUGAGUAUGGAGUGAUGCUUAUGUUGCCUAUUCAACAGGCUUGCUUGAAUUCGUGCCUUGCUAACAAACAGCUUUCAGAAUGUGGAUGCGCUGAGGCUCAAUUUCCCACGGACUCUAAUAUAUGCGACAUAAAAAACUCCACCACAGGUAAACAACAUCCGGACUGAUAUUCAAUUCCUUAUUUAAUUUAAGCUUUGGUACUGAAAUGCUUGAUGCUUACGGGUGACACUAUUCAAAGUUCACUCGUCAUCGUUUGCAUACACACAAAAAAAAGAAGAUGAAUAAACGUAUUCACGUAUGAAAAGCGCCCAAUUCAAUCCAAUAUUCUUUACAUGUGUUCUUUUUUCAUGGGACUUAUCGUUAACUUUACUUGUCUUCUAGCUCGAUGUCUGCGAACAUUGCUACAGAGAUUACUUGAAGGGAAGCUCAGCUGCAAAGAGAACUGUCCCACACCCUGCAGGUUUGAUUAUGACCAUCAUCAAUCUAUCUAUUUGUUAUACAUAAAGAUCAAUAAAAAGUUUCGGACAUACUUCGCUGCUGAUUUAUAUAUUUUUCGUUGUUGUAAUGUUUGGCGAAUUGUUUCUUAUUUUUUAAAAACUCUGCAUAUCUGCGGUGUAAAAAAAAGUGUAAUGAAAUUAACCGAAUCAGUAGCUAUUUUGGAAGUGUCUAGCUCAUUUUGUAUUUAACUUGAUUUUUUUCAUUCCGUUUUUAGGCAGACAUAGAUCUCAUGCCGUCAGAACAUAUUCUUUCUCGUUCAAAUUAUUACAUAAGUGCAUUUUGAAAUGAGGUAAUCAUGGAGUGAUUCUUCUUUCGUCACUACAGAGAAGUGGAAUUUAGGACCUCACAGUCAAUGGGAGAAUGGCCUUCCAUGGGAUAUGAAGUAAGACUAGAUUCUUUUUCCUUGAUUUUUAGUCACCGUAAACGAAUCUCGGAGCACAAAAAAAAACGAAUUAAUUCUUAUUAAUCGUCAUUAACGAUUUUUUAACUGUUGAUGUUGUUUUUGUUGUACGUUUGUCAUUGUUUUUUGUUUUUCAAUAAUUACAUCGUUACCGUGUCUUGUAUGUUGACACUUACUUUAAAGUUUUUUUUUUAUUUAAGGGGAUUCUUAUGGGUCGCCUUCGAGAAAAACAGUGGUUUAUUACUGAAGAUAAAUAUGGAUUCUAUCUUAGGUGAGUAAAACAUGAUGUUGUUUGUUUGGAGGCUGGAGUGUUCAAUUUUAUCACUGAUUUAUUCCUAUUAUUAUUACAGUGAGAAUUUUCUUCAAGCGAGAAUAUUCUUUGAGCAGCUAAACUUUGAAAGAGUUGUAGAAAGCGUCAGCUAUAAGGUAGAUAUGAUAUAAAAGUGAUAGUGACUGUCACUUCUACGUUAUUGCCAAGUUUGAUUUAUUGGUAUUCGAAGAGUGCUGCUCUGAUGCUGAUUUUUAUUUUCCUUCCCAGCGGCUUUUACAGAAAGAUGCCCUUAUUCCAUGCAUACUUUAGAAAUCUGCAUGGAAUAAUCUGCUAUUCCUUACAAACUCAGCAAUGUAAUCUCCUCAGCCUACUAGAAAAGCUCUACAUGCGUGGUGUGUGUAAUUUGUAGAACAAUUUCUAUAACACUGGUCAUAUGGAGAAGACACAGUUUAGGUUAUUCGGAAUAAUAACUCAAUUGAUUUACACAGCAUCCAUGUUUUGGUUUUGCAGGAAGUGAAUCUUGUUGCAGAUAUUGGAGGACAGCUUGGUCUUUGGAUUGGUAUUUCAGUGUUAACUUGUUGCGAGUUUUUGGAGCUUAUCCUCCUUAUCAUCAGAAGUCUUAUCAAAAGGUCUUUCUCAAGAAAUAUCAUCAAUGUGAAACCUUCUCCCCGUUAG